CCAUGGCGCCGUUGCCGUGGCGACGCGCCGCCAUUUUACCCCCUCCUUCUUCACCACCCCCCUCUGAAUGGUAGCCACUGGCUAUGGCGGGCUCGGAGGGCGGAGGCAGAGCCCGGUAUAGCCCCAAAACCCGGGAGCUGCUGCGAGCCAUGAUGGAGGAGUCGAAGCUGACGGGCUUCCAGAGGCGAUGCCUGAUGGAGUGCCUGGAACGGGGAGAUGCCCUGCCCCUCCAGUGCCACCCCACAUCCAGCAAACAACCAGCGCCCAUGCUGCCUGCUUCCUCCCCACCGCUCUGUCAGCCGAGCAGGCUUUCAGCUAAACCACAUCUUCGGCCUGCCAAGGUCUGCCAGGCAGGAGAUGCUUACACCCGAGACAAAUUCAAGCCACGAGCAAGGAGAGAUUUGGAAAGGGAGAAGCAAAGGCUCCAAAAUAUCUUAGCGACAGGGAAGGAUGUGGUGGAACACCAAGUAAAACAGACACUUGUUCAGACAAAGGAAGAGGAGAUAACUGAGAUUGACCGCUUUGAAGAAUUGGUGAAUGAAGUUCAGGAGAGGCAGGAGUUCCUGGCAGAGAUGGAAGCUCUAGGACAGGGCGAGAAGUAUCAGAGAAUUAUCAUCACUGAAAUCUCCCAGAAAAUGCGAGAGAUGGAGAUCAUUGACAAGAAGAGAAGCGAGGAAGUGAGAGAGACCAUGACAAAAGACUUUCCUGGUGGGAACAAAUCUGAUUCCCAUGACUAGGCCAAGGGAAAAUCGCAAAUGCAAUUUGUUCCUGCCUCUUCUCCCACAUCCCUGGCAUUGGAGUCUCAAGGCCUGGCCUGUGUCUGCCUUUCUCUCAGUGGUCCCCCUGAAGAGGGAGCAGUACCACCUGUUGCCUAAAGCCAGAAGGCAGGAACAGUUUGUACAUAGCUGGUAACAGAAGCAAGCUGUUGUAAAGUCCUACCCGUGCACCAGAUCCCUUCUUGCUCAACAAUAUUAAAGAGAUGAAAACACAACAGCAGCGGCUAUUAAAACAUGACAAAGCAGAGCCUCCUUUCAGUUAUGCAAUGCCUUGGAGUACAGCACUCCACGCAGCUACAACUGUCAUUCCUUCUCCUCCAUCUACCCAGAGGUGGAGGUUUCUAGGGGAGGUACAAUGCUAACGUGUCACCACCCGCAUCCACGACCCGCUCCAGCCCGCGCAGCUCCGGGAAUGGCUGUGCUGGCAGAUGGCGAGCAGGAAGAUGCAGCCGCCUGGCCUUGCGCAAGCGCGAGCCUCCAACAUGACUGCAGGUCAGCGUGACUGCAUGCAUCAGCAGGCUUCUCCGUGGCAGCUAAACUGGGCAGGCGCUCAGGAACACAGAUUCAGUGUCGGGGGAGAGGGGAUUUCAGCCUGGAGCGUGCUGCUGUUUGCAGCAGGCUUGCUGUGGUUUUUUGGUUCCUGAAACCGUGGUAUGCUGAGCAGCCAUCAGUCUCCCACAAAGCCUGGAGAUGGCCACUGAGUCACCACCUCUGUCCUUCAGCAGGCUGAAGCACGACGCCCCUCUAUUCCUGCACAAAGUCCAGUGUAAGGAAAUGCAGAGGCGGAUUUUAAGAUCCCAUCAUCUGCUUCUCAGCUAUACUCAUCAGCCACUCCACGAGCCAGGCAGCGUGCCCUGUCCCCAGGACAGUGUGAGUACAGAAAGGAAUAAGAAACCUAAGCCGUGAUUGGUUUUUAAAUCUUUUUUUUUUUUCUUUAUUUCUGUUCAGGUGAAUGGAAGUCAUGGAGUUAGUACAGUGUAAUUUACAAAUCAAGGUUCUGACCGGUCACAGGGCCAAGGGGUGUCAGGCUGCGGCGAUCCUGACGGCCUUUGGCAACGACGACACGACAGCAGGCUCCGAAACGGAUGCGCUUCUCCGUGGAGAAGCGUUGUGCUUUGGGAUCUCCCCUCCCCUACCACUGCUCCUGAGCAGCCUGCUGAGGUAUGGCAGGAGUGGCACGGCAUUUGGGGGAAAUGGGGGCCUGUUUCCAGAGCGCUACGCCAGCCAUGUUGCAAGGCACUGCUUCGAGAGUGUUUUGGCUGAAGCCCGCUGUAUUUUUGGAAGGGAGCGCAGCAGUUUGUUCGGGGCUGACAUGACUAAUUUGCUAAUGGGAAGGCGCGACGAACAGCUGACCAACCAAACACCCAUGAAACAAAACGUCUAAUUCAGACCAAGCGAACGACCCAAUAAAUAGCUCCUCACCUUGGAGGAGAAGGCAGGAAACAAAAAUGGAAGGAAGGAGGGAGGGGUGGAAGAAUACUGUCCACCCCUUCCCUCCUCUGAUGUACACACACGCACACAUACAACAAAUAAAAUAAGGGUUUAAAAACUUUCAGGGCGGGUUUGAAUUCAUGUGCUAAAGGAGGUGUUUAAAAAAAAAAAACGAAAACAACCAGCCAAACCCUCUUUACACACUUUUAAAGUAUAUACAGGCGAAGCUGGGGAAAGGUCAGUUGUAACCGUGCCUCUCUCCCCAGCCGCUCAAGGGUGGCACUGGUGAGCAGGGGCUCGCCCCUUGCGCUAAGUCAGUCUUGUGCUUUUCUGCCCUCGCCUGGAAAAGGAAUGUUCCUCCCUACCCUGACGGCAGCAGUCAGCGGUGGUUAGCAGCAGUGGGGGGUAAGAUGUCCUGAGUAGGGCACGUGGGCUACAUCUGGGCAGAUGUACGCGGGCCCCUUGGGUCCUCUCAGCCCUGUAACGCUCAAGGGGGGGGAAAGUCUUCAGGGGGAGGGGACAGCUCAAAAUAAAUAGGGCACCGGUUAUUUUUUUGGCUACGGCUUUAGAGCCUUGUGACGUGGGAGUGUGGUUGUUUUUUUUUUUAAAAACAUUUUAGUUUAGGCCAGUAAAACCUAAAGAAUCCUGAUUCUAACGCCAGGCUUUUCUCCUGCAGUUAAAAAUGGGGCAGGAAGGGGACAAGAGGGAGGGACAGCCAGAUGCCCCCGGCAGAGGAUGGAGGCACACGGAGCUGUCACAGUAAGAGCGGGAGAAGGGGAAGGGGGGACAGUUAGUGCAAGUUUUCCCACAGACACCAAACUCCUCAGCUCGCUUCUCAGUCAGUAACACAGACGCGCGACAGGGCAACGCUUCCGAAAAGCGAAUCCAUUUGCUCCCUGCCCUGUUAGCGAGGCCUCGGAGGGGAAAGCCAGCCUCCCCCGCUGCGGGCAGGGGGCUGGAGGCACCCUGGGGUGGCAGCGCCGGUGCCUGGGGAGGGAGCGAGGGGGAGAGGCGAGGGGAGCAGAGGGAGCCAAGCCCCCCCCGGCAGGCACCCUACCCCGGCCGC